AUGUCAACUAUUGUUGUUCACCAGCCAUCACAAACGCCUCCUUUACAUCAUUUACUUAGUGAUCCCCAUUCAACUGAUCACGUGCAACAACAACAUUCAAUAAUAGCAUCAAAUAUGGCAUUAGCAGCUGAACGCGAAGCUUAUUUACGAUUAGCACAACAUUCAAUGGACAAUUCUAGACAAUUUGCACCGAAUAUCAAUAGUCGUUCGCCCAAAGCUUAUGGUGGUUAUAUUGUAAGUAGUCAAAUGUUCGAGUUUCUUUUUGUUUUAGCUCUUAUAAAUUGA